AGUCGACGGGUUGACGGUGACUGUGUGCUGUAUAGAGGUUUGUCUGUUCGUGUUGACUGACUCUCGGCCCCUUCUAAGAUAUUUGGUAGUGGUAUUUGCGGUCGUGCGAAGAGACGACGGACACGGUCAAACGCCCGACAAAUCGUUUGUCCCCCCACUCACUCCCCCCAUUAUUCCCUAUUGAUCACUGUGAUAUAGCAGUUUUCAACAAACGAUAAGCGAGCACAAUGCUUAAAUUAGCGGCUCUGUUGCUGCUUGCCGCUAUCGCGGUCCGUGCCCAACACGGAACCGUAGGACGGCCUUGUGAGGUCUCCACAGAUUGCGGAACCGGAAAUUAUUGUGCUGGAAAUAAGCGAUGUGCCUGUCUGACGACAUAUGUCGAGAUUGAUUCUUAUUGCUGGAGAAAAAUCAAUCCGGGAGAGUCUGGAUGUACACAAAAUCGACAAUGUGAAGCCGUUUGGCCAGGUGCAUACUGUAGAUCAGGAGAAUGUCGAUGUGCCAACAAUCAACCACCAUUCCGUACUCGUGAUGGUCUUGUGUGUCUCAACUAUGGAUUCUGUCCACUUAACGGAAAUAAUCCAAAGUUCCGCAUUGAAAACCAAGUUCAACAGUGCUACGGAGGAGCCGAUGCCACGUGUGAAGCUAUUGGAGCUCUUUCAUACGAUUGUAUUUGUGAUUCUGAUGAUUGUACCGUCAACAAUCCUAUCAGUUUCUGUUGUCCAUCACGUGCAUUUGCUUGUAUUCAACCACCAAAUGAAGGAUACACUCCACCAGGUGGUGGUACUACUUUGAAUCAUUGGUACCAUGACCCAAUUACCGGAGAAUGUAGAGAGCUCAAAUAUCAAGGAUACGGUGGAAAUGCCAACAACUUCCAGACAAAGGAUCAUUGCGAGUCUUACUGUAAACAAACCUGUAACCGCGGUCUUCCAUUGUAUCGUGACCGUACAACUGGAGUCAAACAAGAGCCAGUUUAUUGUCAAGGAAAUGACAAUGGAUGUAACAACCCGAACUAUCAAUGUACAACCAUGGGAACUCUUCAACAAUGUUGUCCAACUUACUUGUUCAUCUGCUCUCGAAAUGGAGGAAUUCCAUCAGAAGUCUACAAUACAGCCGGAGGUCUACCAACCGAAUACUUUGAUGUCGGAAUCCCAGAUGGUUCUGGAAACACUUCGCCAAGAUUCUACUACGAUUCGCGAGAAGGACGUUGUAUUCAAUUCUCGUAUCUCGGACAGGGAGGAAACUUUAACAACUUCCUUUCUCAAGAUCACUGUGAGAAAUUCUGCUCAAGAAUUCUCUGUUCUGCUGGAGAACCACUCAAGGAUUCAUCUGGAGAACGCAACAUGGAAUGCUCACCAACUGGUUCUGGAGCCAACUCAUGUCCAUCUACUCACUCCUGUGAGUCUACUUCUGGCUCAACUACUUUCGGAGGAGUCUGUUGUCCACGUCCGCAGUACGUGUGCAAGUUGCCAAGAGAACAAGGUAACUGUGGAACAUAUUCCAAUCGUUGGUGGUUCAAUGCUAAAACCGGAAACUGCGAAGAGUUUAUCUAUUCUGGAUGUCAAGGAAAUGCUAAUAACUUCGAAACGUACAAAGAAUGCCAAGAUUACUGUAGAGAUGCUCGCAGUGAGCCACAAUGUAUUCAAGGAACCGCUCUUACUGAUUCCAACGGAAACUUCAUUAUCUGUGGAGGAUCUUCAGCUGCUUCUACCACCUGUCCAGCUAAUCAUUACUGUUAUUAUGAUGGAACCACCUAUGGAUGUUGUCCAACUCAAGCUUACACUUGUUCAUUGUCUUACAAAUCUGGAGCAUCUUGUGGACCAGCUGUCACUCGUUGGUAUUAUGAUUCUACAACUAGAACUUGUCAGACAUACUCUUUCAAUGGUUGUGAUGGAAACUCUAAUAACUUUGCCACUCAACAAGAUUGUAAGGAUUACUGUAGAGUUGAAUCAUGUCCAGAUGGAGGAGAAGUAUGGAAGGAGCAGAAUGGAGCAGCACGUGCUUGUACAACUAACCGACAAUGCCCAUCUACUCAUUACUGUACACCAGUUACCACAUGGACUGGAACCGUUUACCAAACAAAGAGUCUCUGCUGUCCAUCAAAGAAUUUCGUAUGCUCUCAACCACGUGACGUCGGAGUUAGAUGUUCUAGCACAAGAAUCUCCAGAUGGUACUUCAAUGCUGAUUCAAAGACAUGCCAAACAUUUGAAUAUAAUGGAUGUGAAGGAAAUCGCAAUAACUUUGCUUCUCAAAAGUCUUGUCAAAACUAUUGUCUUUCGGAAGCCUGUCCACCAGGAACUGUUGUUGCCAAGGAUGGAGAUGGAAGCAGACUUGUUCAAUGCUCAAAUCCAGGUGGAAAUGGAAGAGUUUCCGGUGGUUGUCCCGAUGGUUACACUUGUUAUUCUUCACCACUUCUUGAUCAGAAUGUUUGCUGCGGAGCUUCGACUGAACUUCAAUCUCUCUGCCCUGCUGCUUCAACUCCAUUCAUUUCUGCUCUCUCACUUCAACCAAUGCAAUGUACUCCAAAUGUUGAUGGAGCUUGCCCUGGAAACUUCUUCUGCUGGUUCUCAACUACAACAACAUCAGUCAAUGCUUUCUACUGCUGCAGAUCCCCAGACUCUGUUGAUACAGGAUACUGCCCACCACAACUUGUUCCUGUACCAGGAGAAAACGGAGCCCAGUACAAAUACUGCUCUCCAUCAGCUCCACUCAAUGACGCCAUCCAGGGUUGUGGAGCCAACAGACAUUGCCAAUUCUCCACUAAUUUGGAAAGAUAUAUCUGUUGUGGACUUGAGUCAGAUGUUCGAUUGCCGAAUGUUUGCCCACCACAACCAGCUAAUUUGGUUCCAGUCGAGUUGGCUGGAAACUAUAGGACGUGCAAUCCAUAUGCUCGUGCUGGAACUCCACAAUCUUGUCCAGACAACUCAGCAUGUCUUUACACGGGCAAUGACAAUGGAUUCAUCUGUUGCAGAGUUCAGUUGGGAAAUGGAAAGAGUUAAACAAGAGCUCCGGGGUUCACGACUUUGUUCUCUAAAAUUUCUAAAUUCUUUCAUUUAUUUUUUGAUGUUUUUUCUUGACUUUUUCGCCAUCUCAUUCCCACGUACAUGUGUAUUCCCCACCAAACAAAUAAUUUUUCUGCAUAACUUACACUGUACGGUUGUCUGUUUUUCCUCUAUCAAUUGUUCAUUUUCCUCUCAUUGUUUUUCCAUGUAACUGGAAAAAAUCGAUGCCAAAAAGAGCCUGAAAAUCAGAAAUCUAUAUUUUCAAAGUUCUGUUUUGACGUCAAUCGUAUUGCUAUUUUUAGCUAUGUUUUGAGUUUUCUUCUUUUGAAAUAAAACGAAAUUUCCAAU